AACCUUCACACUCACACGUAUUAUAUUACAAUUCCAUUAAUGUGAUCACUCUGAUCGCCAUUUCUUUUCUGAAACACACCAAAUCCAAGAACGCUCUCUCCUCUAUUUUAUUCAUGCCAUUAGAUUAGGUUUCAUUUCACCAUGGCCACUCACAACUACAAAGUAUUUAGCUGCUUCAACAGAAAGUUCACCGUCACCGAACCGGAACCACCGCCCGACGUCCAAAAAGCCUUUUCUGAAUUCUCCCAAGGCGCCUCCUCCAUGUCCGCCGACCACCUGCUCCGGUUCCUGGCGGAGCAUCAGGGCGAAGUGGACUGCACCGUUUCCGAUUCCGAGCAGAUCCUCCAGCAAUCGAGGAAAGAGGACGGGGAAACUGGAUUCGAUCUCCACUACUUCUUCCAUUUCCUGCAAGACAGCGAUUUGAACGUCCCCUUGAAAUCUCAGGUCCAUCAUGAUAUGAAUGCUCCAAUAUCACAUUAUUUCAUAUACACUGGGCACAAUUCCUAUCUGACAGGGAAUCAACUGAGCAGUGACUGCAGUGAUGUGCCAAUCAUAAAGGCUUUGCAACGAGGUGUGCGAGUAAUUGAACUAGAUUUAUGGCCAAAUUCAGAUAAAGAUGAUAUCGAUGUAGUUCAUGGAAGGACUCUUACCACUCCUGUCUCACUCCUCCAAUGUUUGAAGUCCAUAAAAGAGUAUGCCUUUGUUAAAUCUCAGUACCCACUCGUUAUAACUUUAGAAGAUCACCUUACUCCAGAUCUUCAAGCCAAAGUUGCAAAGAUGGCCUCCCAAGUAUUUGGAGAAUUGCUUUAUUAUCCUCAGACAGAUUCCCUGACGGAAUUCCCUUCACCAGAAUCAUUGAAAGGUCGAAUUCUUAUAUCAACAAAACCACCAAAAGAAUUUCUUGAAUCCAGUGAAAAGGAAUCAGCUGACGAGGUUUCCUCAUUGCGAGAAAAUGCUAAUGAACAAAGAACGGAUAAUGAGAGUGCACCUGAGUACAAACGCUUGAUUACAAUCCAUGCUGGGAAACCGAAGGGUGAAAUACAGGAUGAAUUAAAAGCUGCUGGUAAAGUUAGGCGCUUAAGCUUGAGUGAGCAAGCACUUGAAAAGGCUUCUGAAUCUUAUGGAGCUGAUAUAGUCAGAUUUACGCACAACAAUAUUCUCAGAGUGUACCCAAAAGGAACACGUCUCACCUCCUCAAAUUACAAACCACACAUAGGGUGGACGUACGGAGCUCAGAUGGUUGCGUUUAACAUGCAGGGGCAUGGUAAAUCACUUUGGUAUAUGCAAGGAAUGUUUAGAUCAAAUGGUGGGUGCGGUUAUGUGAAAAAGCCUGACUUUCUAAUUCAAAAAGGUCCGCAUGAUGAGGUUUUUGAUCCUAAAAUAGCAUUGCCAGUGAAACAAACAUUAAAGGUAAAAGUCUACCUGGGAAAAGGUUGGAGCUUAGAUUUCAGCCCAUCAGACUUUGAUAGUUACUCACCACCAGACUUUUAUGUUAAGAUUUGUAUCGUUGGAGUUCCGGCUGAUAUGGUCAAGAAGAAAACAAGUGUAAUUUCAAAUAAUUGGUUUCCUGUAUGGAACGAAGAGUUUGAUUUCCCUUUGACUGUUCCAGAGCUGGCCUUGCUCCGCAUAGAAGUUCGAGAAGAAGAUAAGCAUCAAAAGGAUGAUUUCGGUGGACAGACGUGUUUGCCAGUCUCAGAACUGAAAUCUGGAUUCCGAUCUGUCCCUCUGUAUGAUGAAAAGGGUGACAAAUAUAAAUCUGUGAAGCUUUUAAUGCGAUUUCAGUUUAGAUGAAUUAUACGACCAGCCUUACAAUAAUCUAAUAUAAUGGAUAUGAGGUCGUUGUAAUGAUAAUUAUCUUUAUCAUUAGUCGCUUACUUGCAGUUGUA